GAUAUUUUCCUUAAUUCUUUGGCUUCCUUAAUCUUUGCUCAACUUUUUUCUUAAUUUUACCAAAACAAGAUAAGAGCGAGGAAUCAGAAUAUGUCUAUUUUUAUUUGUCCAUGUUGAAACAUUUUUGGCAAUAAACUUUAGUUUUAUAUUCUUUCUCUUUUGGGGUUUUAUGCCUUAUCUUUGUUUUUGUGGGGGUAAAGAGAAGAACUUAGAAAAGAGAGAGAAAGACAGAAGGUUAAUGAAUAAGGAAACGGGUUCUGUGGUCUGGGUCUAAAGAGAUUGAUCCAUAGAUCCUCUUUGUUGCUACUCUCAGAAGUUAGAAUCCUUCUAGGGUUUCUGAAAAUUUUCCAUUUUUGUUGCCACCUCCACAUAUGUUGUUGAUAUAACUGUGUUUUCUUUUCCUAAACUCUCACUGGGUCUCUGUGUUUCCAGCUCGUUCUUUGAAAAUUUUCCCUCUUUUCGCUCUAAAUCUUUCUGGGUUUUUGUUUUCAACAAAAAAUUUCAUCAAAUUUUGGAACUUUCCAUGUUAUGGAUUUUAAAAAUUUUCUUUGAGCAUCUGGGUUGUUAAUUAGUUUUCUUCGUGAAUUUCAACAAACCUGUGUAUUUCUUGAGCUGAAGCAUAUAAGCAUUUCUGGGAUUUUCCACUCAAACUUGAACAUCAUGGUGAGAGGGAAGAUUCAGAUGAGGCGAAUCGAGAACGCGACGAGCCGGCAAGUCACUUUCUCAAAGCGUCGAAAUGGGUUGCUAAAGAAGGCCUACGAGCUCUCAGUUCUUUGUGAUGCUGAAGUUGCUGUGAUCAUCUUUUCGCAGAAAGGCAGGCUCUAUGAGUUUUCAAGCACUGAAUCCCAUCCAAAUAUUUUCUUUCGUCUUAAAGAAAAAAAGGGGGGAGAAACUCGAAGAGGAUUCUUAAUAAUAAGCAAGAAAGUUGGAAAGAGCAUGAUCAAGGCUUUAUACUAGCCUGUGUGGUUUUGAUGGGAUUAGAUGGUAUAAGUAUGUGUUAAAUCCCACAUUGAACAUGUAAUAGGUAGAUUUUGGUUAUAUAAUCGAUUACUUAGGAGUCCGUCCUAAUUGUAAUUUGGUUAUUCAUUUUGUGUAUAAUGUGAAUGUGAUAUAACAUCCUAACAUUACCGUAGAUAUUUGGAUUUUGUCUA